AUGGGAAAUCUGGGUGACCUGUCGCCCCAGGGUAGUGUCGCGGUUGGGGUAAUAGUCGGCUUGAUUUCGACCAGUCUCCAAGCCAUCGGGUUGACACUCCAACGCAAAUCGCAUAUACUCGAGGACGAGAAACAUCCCUAUGACCUACGAAGACCACCAUAUAAACGUCGAAGAUGGCAGCUAGGGAUGCUAAUGUUCGUUGUUUCGAACAUUGUGGGGAGUACCAUCCAAAUCACUACGCUUCCGCUUCCAGUGCUCUCAACUCUCCAAGCAUCGGGCCUGGUUUUCAACACGAUCUUCGCCACUUUAGUCCUUGGUGAAGCGUUCACCAGGUAUUCCUUUAUCGGUACGAUCCUGGUUUGCAUUGGUGCAGUCUUGAUAGCUGUAUUUGGCGCUAUAGGGGAGCCGGCGCAUAGUCUGGAUCAAUUGCUAGAGCUCCUUCAGCGACGCAAUUUCGUACUCUGGAUGGUGGGGACAGCCGUUGUCGUGCUGGUCAUUCUGCUCGUCUCAAAAUCGCUUAAGCUUCUCGCCUUUCCGCACCGCUCAAGCCGUGUAAGGCUGAUUCGUGGUUUAUGCUAUGGUCUGAUCAGUGGCAUUUUGUCGGCCCACUCCUUACUUUUAGCAAAGUCAGCUGUCGAGCUUCUUGUCCGAACGAUUGUGGAUCGUGUGAAUCAGUUUAAUCGGUGGCAGUCAUGGGUGAUUCUCCUCGCAAUGAUUUCUCUUGCACUGACGCAAUUAUACUUCUUACACCGUGGCUUGAAGUUGUGCAGCACGAGCAUUCUGUAUCCUUUUGUGUUCUGCAUCUAUAACGUCAUCGCUAUCCUGGAUGGUUUAAUCUACUUCCGCCAACUGUCCCAGCUGGCGGGUUUCCACGCUGGUCUGAUUGCGCUCGGGACGGUUGUUCUGCUGAGUGGAGUGCUCUGUCUAUCGUGGCGAUUGGAGAUUAUCGAAAGCCAUGCGUGUGAGACCGUUGUUGGCCCUUCUCAAACCGGAUUGGGUCCCGGUAUAGCUUUUCUUGAGGAGCACCCGCAUUCUCCUCGUGAAGUUGGCGUGGAGGACGAAGAAUUGCACAUCGGAGAGCGACAGCCUCUUUUGCAGGCAUCCCACCCACCGCAUGGGUUUCCUCAUCGACGGGCACCCAGUUUACCUUCGGUUUCAUCGAUUCCUCAACAAACUCCCUCUGCUGACAUUGACCCCGCCUCCAUCUGGGCUGAGCUGGAUGACUCGGACUACGAAUACACCGGUACCGGUCCCCGCUGGCAACCCCGUCCUCGAAGCAGCACCUUGAGGGAGAGUGUACUCCGUGGCCCUCGGCACUCAACAAUUGGCGCAGUCGGCCAACACGCCUGGACAAAUCGUAGACACACUCGCUCAGUCUACGAAGGACACCAUCAGCGGAGAACUUCAAUCUUAGGGCCCGACAAUCGACAAUCUCUCCAAAAACGAAGCACCUAUUUUAGCCCUUUACCAGGUAACCAUCCAAGUCGCUCCAUCGGCUACGGUACAUCAGGUGAGAGCGAGCGCGAACGUGGACAUGAAGGAUCGACUCAUCUCAUUUCAUCGAGUGGCGGCCACGAACCGCUCCAGCUCUCCGCCACUCCAUCCAGCGACGGCCCCCUUGCAGGAUCAAGAAACGCCUUAGCCCAAGCCUGGAGAAAUGGCCUACAAUAUCUCUCGCGGUGGAGCAGACACCGCCCACGCACUGGGUCCGAUUCACACGAUCCUCUACUUGACUCUUCGCAUUCCCCUUCAACAUAA